AAGUCCCAGGAUCCCCCGCGCGGGGCCGGGGCCCGGCUGGUCCGCCAUGGCCUUCAAACGGGACGGGGACGACCUGAGUCAACUCAAUGCGCUCAGGAAGCGACGGGUGGCGGACCUGUUGGCAAGCUACAUCCCCGAGGACGAAGCCAUCCUACUGAAGAGCGGAAGGUAUGCCUGUUCUGUCUGCUCAUACCGUCCCGUCUUCGACACGGUCGACAUGCUGGCUGUACACAGGACAGGGAAGAAACACAUCACCAGCCUCCAGCGCUUCUACGGACAGAAGAGGGACCUGCAGCUGGAAGUUCAGAAGCACCGGCACCGGCAACACAUCCAGGAGGAGGAGUCGGGUUCAGAGGCCAGGCCUGAGCAGGAGCACCUGCCGCCUCUCCUCAGAAAAACACGACAAAUCGCUCAUCAUGCGCUCCUGAAGGCGGCCCCCUACAACAGCUACUGCAAGAGGAAACGGUCCGGCGACGACGUCCCCACCCCGUCCCCCACCACCAGCGCCUCAGCGAGCGGGAAUCAGUGGGCAGGGACGCCGGGCGCGAUCCCGGGAUGGACGGGGGCGUCCGCCGAAGCCCAGGAAGGCCGACAACCUGAAGGAGCCCCGCCAGGUUCCCAGACCGAGGGUGGCACCCGGCGGGGACGCCAGAGGAAGGCCAGCGCGUGCCGACCCCCGCCGUGCUCGGCAGACGCGGACCCGGCGAGGCAGAAGCUCCUGGAGUACCACCUGCACCUCAGGAGCUCCGGUUGGAUCCAGGACCCCUGCGGGAAGUGGGUGCGGGACGGAGCAGCCGAAUUCGACUCAGACGAGGAGGACCCUCCCGCUCUCCCGCCGCCCUGAGCCUUCGCCGCCGUUCCCAGGACGCCCCCGCGGCAUCGCUCGUCGACGUUCCGUCACAGUUCGGACACAGUUCGGGGGUGGGGGUUGGUGGUGGAUAUUAGAGGGGUCCCACCCCCCCGUCCCAGUCAGGGUGGGGGCUUCACUCUAGCUAGUAAUUCACCCCCUUUCACUAGCCACCCCCUCCCACUAAUUAUCCAGACCCCUCUACUUAGAAUCACCUCCCCUCCACCUUUUCCCAAAAACUGACAGCCAGCAGCUUUCCGUUGAAUCCUCCUUUAACCGGGAGUCAGGAUAUGUCCCUGCCCCUCUUCCCACUUGGAAUUUUGGACUAUUUCCCCAGAUGGCGCUUCCCUUAACGCUAUCCUGGGAAUGUAACGCGUGUCGACUCUGAGGUAUCGCACACCGACGUCGCUUCCCCAGAAUCCCCACUCUCCCCUUCUCUUCCUCCUCGCUCCAGGGAAGUUGUCCUGGGCUGUAUGGAGAAUAAAACAGGAUCUGCGUAACGGGGUGGGUGAUGGUCAGCAUGGACUCGUUAGGGCCAAAGGGCCUGUUUCCACGCUGUAUCACUCGAUGCCAGGGGGAAUCUCAUCACCCGCCUUCUCCGAGAGUCAGGCCCAGCCUAGGGAAACCCACCCCCACUCCUCCACCCUGAACAUCUCCCACCUCGGCACAAGGAACCCAAUAUUGACCAGUUUCAGAUAACCCGCCAUCCUGUUUGUGACGGAGUUGACGUGCUGAACGAGUAUUUCAACGGCGAGAAUAGAUCGGGACAGAGCCUGGAGAACCAGAGGGUGGGGAUGGGGCGCAGAUCGGCGCAGAACCAUGCAGAUGAGACUUCCUAGAAGCAACGCCACAUUGACGCGGAGGAGUUGGACGGACCGCCAAACGGGAGGAGGAGUUGAAGUCGGUCGCUGAGUGUGACGGACCAAUGGAAGGUGUAACCAAUAGAAACUGGCGCUGGUCCACUGUUUAA